GCCCCCCCGCGAUCGAUCGCGCCGCCCGCCGCCCCGCGCCGACCCCUGCGCCUUCUACAACUAUCGCGGACAUACUCCAUUGGGGCCCCGCGAUCAAUACAUCGAUCAUUCCAAGCGCUUGCAUUGCUCGCUAACAAGCAACGAGAAUGCGAUGGUUACGUUCAUGUAUUGAAAAAACAUGUUGCCUAAAAAAGAAAAACUUAUGUUGGCAGAUACUUAGCUUAUUCUUAAUGGCGUGACGACGAAAUAGUCUCUUAUCUGAGUGAUAGCAUGUGCCACGCGCCAGAGUACUUACCAUUUGAUAAGUUGUUCGGUAUUGUAAACACUAGAUGAUUUACAUAAUAAUAAUAUUGUAGUUAGGUAGGUGGCAGGCGCGUGUGGGCUGCUGCAGGCGCCGGGAGCCGGCCGCACCGCACUCCGCACAGAACAAUGGAAGGCGGCGCAGGCGUGGGCAGCGUGGCGUCGCUCACCAUGGAUUGCGAGGACAUGUUCAAAGAGAUCACCAAGAAGCUGUACGGCGAGGAAACCAGCGUGGGCGUGGUGGGCGUCGAGUUCCCGGCCGCCGAGCGCGACCUCGAUGACGACCUGCGGCCCGAGGAGCACAUCACGGCCUGGGGGCUGGCGGCGCUCAUGCAGAACGGCUUCCCGCCGCCCGGCAUCCUGCAGGCCAACUUCGCGCCGCGCAUCGACCCCAGCGCCGAGGACCGCUGGACGGCGGCCGAGGAGCCGCUGGCGUGGGCGCACUCGCGCAUCGCCUCCUACAACCCCGCGCAGCGCCUCUUCAAGUGCGCCGACUGCGAGUGCGUCGGCUUCCUGGCGCGCGUGGCCGAGCACUGGCUGGGCACGCACUCGCAGGCGCGCGCCUUCCAGUGCCCGCUGGCGGGCUGCGGCUUCGCGUCGGGCUGGGCGCGCGGGGUGCGGGCGCAUCUCGCGCGCGACCACCACUCCGACCCCGCCGCCGCCGACCACCUGCUGCGCGACAACCCCGCGCUCGACGACCUCACGCGCUACCUGCAGCGCCUCAAAAACAAGGUGGAGGCCAUGCGCAGCGAGCGCCGCCCCAGCGCCGGCGACGCGGCGCCCAGCGAGGCGGCGCCGGAGCCCGGCAAGCGCUACGUGUGCGGCGCCUGCCCCUACGCCACGGACCGGCGCGACCUGUUCACGCGCCACGAGAACAUUCACCGCGACGAGAAGCCCUUCCACUGCUACUUGUGCCAGAAGCAGUUCAACCGCGCCGAUCAUGUCAAGAAGCAUUUCUUGCGCAUGCAUCGCGAUCAGCCAUACGACUUGAACCGCAUCCGGCGCUCGGCAUCCAUCGUGAAGCCGAGUACGGCGCCCCCGGCACUGCACUACUACAGGGCGCCGGCGGGCGAGCCGCCGCCCGGGCCGCAGGCGCCGGCGCCCCCGGUGGCGCCCGCGCCGCCGCCCGAGUACCGGCCGGCGCCGGCAGUCAAGCUGGAGCGGCCGCCGCUCGGCAAGUCGGAGGCGGCGCCCGCGCCCGCGCUCCACAAGGCUGCGCCCUCGCCCGCCGCCGCUGCCGCCGCUGCCAUCCGCCGCAAGGGCGAGCGGCGCUACGCGUGCUGCUACUGCGCGUGGUCGGGCGUGGACAACUGGUGCCUCAAGCGGCACCUCAACACGCACCUCAAGCCCUUCGCGUGCGCGCUCUGCGAGUACAAGGCGGCGCGCGCCGAGCGCCUCGCCACCCACGUGCACAAGGUGCACAACAAGAAGGCCUGCGCCAAGUGCCCCUUCCUGGCCGACGACCCGCUGCAGCUGGCGCAGCACCUGCGCGACGCACACCACAUCGAGAGCCGCAGCCUGAAGGUGCCGGCGGGCGGCGCGGGCGCGGCGGCGGCGACGCGCGCGGCGCCGGGCGAGGCGGCGGGGCGGCGGCGCGAGGCGCGCGCGGCGGGCGCGGCGCGGCUGUUCGGCUACCUGGAGGCGUCGGACGGCUCGGCGGACGAGUACGAGGCGCCGGCGCUGGCGGAGUUCGCGGCCGCCGCGCCCGCGCCCGCGCCCUACGCGCGCGACAAGGAGAACGCGGCGCCGCUGCCGCACGGCCUGCACGACCACUGCCUGCGCUACUAGCCCGCGCCGCCGCACCGCACCGCGGAUGACGACUCCUGGCUCCGGCGACUACUUACUGCCUGACCAUCCAAAUCUUGGCCUGAAGGCAGGUACACAUUAGCAGCUGGGUCGGUCCGAGCGGCGGCGGCGGUCGCACCGCGCCGUGCCGCAUCAGCACUGCGCCGCUAUCACUACACUUGUUUGCCAACGAUACAUUGGCGUAUUUGAUCAAAUUUAAUUAGUAGUUAACUGUUAAAUGUAAAUUUAUGCUUGUUCGAUGAUAACAUGUACAAAAUAAUAUUAAUAAAGUUAUGAAUCCCA